CAGUCUUGGCACUUGUGGGUUUCACGAUCCCAGCUUGAGCUUGACCUUUACUUCUGCCCAUCCCCGGCACUACCGCCAUACUAUCGCGCAAGACUCCCGAAACUCCAAUCAUCCAGGCCUAUACUCCUGCCGCAUCCCUCUGCCGCGAUGACCACCGCACACAGGCCGACGUUUGAUCCCGCUCGCGGCAAAGACGCCCAGCGCGGGCCCGCAUACCAUCAGCGACUCCUCCCAGCGCACACAUUUCUGAAGCAUAGACAACCAGGCCAGGGCGGCGAAGCCGAGCCAACUAAGCGCGAUCUUCGUGCGGAGCUCUUGGAGGCUGAAGCGCGUCACUUUGCGAAGAAGAACGGUACCUAUGUCCCGGAUGCGGAACCUAGCACGGAGGCCGGCCCUACGUCGAAGCGACCGAUCGAUGCCGUUUCUGCAACAGAAGACGGCAAUCAAGACGACGCAGAUCAAAAGCGGCGGCGGAUAGAAAUGCUGGAACAAUAUAGGGAGGUGGACGCGGACGACAGCAGUGAGAGCAGCGAGAGCAGCGACGAAGAGGACGAUGAUGAAGACGAAACAGUGGCCCUCAUGCGCGAGUUAGAGAAGAUCAAAAAGGAGCGGGCCGAAGCCAAAGCCAAAGAGGAAGCGGAACGUGCGGCAGAAGAGCAGGAGCAGCGCGAAAUCGACAUAGCACGCGGCAACCCACUCCUCAACGCGCGCGACUUCACCAUGAAGCGCCGUUGGGACGACGAUGUAGUCUUCAAGAACCAAGCACGCGGGACCGAGGACCGGAACAAGAAGAAAGAGUUCAUCAACGAUAUGCUGCGCUCAGACUUCCACAAGAAAUUCAUGUCGAAGUACAUCCGAUGAGGUCAAUGGCACUCCUACAUCCGCUCAUCGUGCAUUUCCUGGCGUUUAUUGUCCCUUGGCGUACGGAACAAUCGAGUUCACGUGGGUUUCUGCCGCGAGCGUGGGAUACCCCAGAGUUUGACAAGUGGGAGCCGGUGACGCAACUACCUAGGCGCUUAGGUAGAC